UGAAAACCCACUGGUCACUGGCAAGGCAACUUCCAAAAAUGCAAGAGGCAGGCAGCAACAGAUAAGGGAAGAAGGUAAACUCAGCGCCAGCCUACACCCUAAACCCAUUUCAUUCUGAGCUUCCAAGAAAAACGAGAAACGCAUCAAUGGCGCACCUCAGAACCGCCAUGGAUUCCGCCUUCUGGAAUUUCGACGUUUCUUCCUCUCAAACCCUCGUCGGAACUGCCAAGGCUGUCCCCGGCGAACCAUUCCCUCUCGACGGAGCUCGAGCCAGCCGCACCUUGCGGAUUCAGCAAGUCUCCUUCCUCGGCAAUGGAUUUCCCCUCGGAAUUCUUCCUUCCUUCUCCCCCACUGCACACAAGGAGUUAGGUUCCUUUUCUCUUCAGUCGCUCUUGCUCAAGUUUCCCGCCGCCGACUGGUAAGUAGCAAUGGCACAUUCUUCUU